UGAAAAUAUCGAAAGAGAUUCUGACCUUGAAAUGUUCUUUGAAUGUGGCUCCCCCUUCAAUUCUCUUUCUUUUCGGUCUUCCUUUUUCUCUCCUCAUUCUACUUCUUUCUCUUCCUCUGUGAGUUACUCUUGUUCCCAAGUCUCUUAGAAAGUUAAAGAAAAAGAUGCCCAUCCAAUCAAUUAAAGCAAGACAAAUCUACGACAGUCGAGGUAACCCGACUGUUGAGGUUGAUCUUAUCUCUGAUAAAGGUUUGUUUAGAGCUGCUGUUCCAAGUGGUGCUUCUACUGGUGCUCAUGAAGCUGUUGAACUUCGGGAUGGAGACAAAGCCAAUUACAUGGGAAAAGGAGUCCUUAAGGCCGUACAAAAUGUCAACGAGAUUCUUGCUCCUGCCAUUGUUGGGAAAUUUGAACCAACCCAGCAAAAGGAAAUAGAUGCCGCUAUGAUUCAACUUGAUGGAACCGAAAACAAGGGCAAACUUGGUGCCAAUGCUAUUUUAGGUGUCUCACUUGCCGUCUGUAAAGCUGGUGCCGCUGCUAAGGGUGUCCCAUUAUACAAACAUAUUGCCGAUUUAGCUGAAAACAAGAAUAUUAUUUUACCCGUUCCCGCAUUCAAUGUUAUCAAUGGAGGUUCUCAUGCAGGUAAUAAACUUGCCAUGCAAGAGUUCAUGAUCUUACCCACCGGCGCAACCUCUUUCACCGAGGCCAUGAGAAUGGGAUCUGAAACUUAUCAUCAUUUGAAAGCGGUUAUCAAGAAACGUUUCGGUCUUGAUGCCACCAGUGUCGGCGAUGAGGGUGGAUUUGCUCCCAACAUCCUUAACAACAAGGAUGCCCUUGAACUGAUCAAAGAGGCGAUCAGUAACGCUGGUUACAUUGGUAAGAUUGAUAUUGGUAUGGAUGUUGCUGCAUCUGAAUUUUUCAAAGAUGGUAAAUAUGAUCUGGAUUUCAAGAACCCCAAGUCAGAUGCCAGUAAAUGGGUUUCACCUGAUGAAUUGGCUCAACUUUACAAAGAUUUUGCUGCUGAUUAUCCAAUUGUUUCAAUUGAGGAUCCUUUCGAUCAAGAUGAUUGGGAAGGUUGGAGUAAAUUUACCGGUAGUGUUAACUUUCAAGUUGUUGGUGAUGACUUGACAGUCACCAAUCCAAAACGAAUCCAAACUGCUGUUGAAAAAAAGGCUUGCAAUUGUUUACUUUUGAAGGUUAAUCAAAUUGGAAGCAUUAGUGAAGCUAUUCAAGCUCAUCUCUUGGCUAAAUCCAACGGAUGGGGAACUAUGGUCUCUCAUCGAUCUGGUGAAACUGAAGAUUCAACCAUAGCUGAUAUUGUUGUUGGUCUUUCAACAGGACAAAUCAAAACUGGAGCUCCAUGUAGAUCAGAACGAUUGGCCAAGUACAAUCAAAUUCUAAGAAUAGAAGAGGAAUUAGGAUCUGCUGCUAAAUAUGCAGGAAAAGAUUUCCGAAAACCUCAAUAAUCUUAAUCUGCUUACUAUCAUUGAGGUUUUGAAGGGAUUUUACCUUAUGAAAAAAUCACCACUUUACACACUCGGUCCCCCAAACCUCUUAGAGUCUUUUUUUUGUUUGCCGAAUUUCAUGUUUACAAACUUGUGGUGUCCUAAUUUACCAAUCAAGAGAAAUCCUUUUACAAUUAUUGUUCCGAUUUUCGAUUUAAAAAGCAAAUCCAUUUAUUUGAUCAAUUUUCAGUUGUAAAUCGAUCAAUUUCGAUUUGUUAAUUUAAUUUAAAAAGUGGAAAUUUUGUAAUCAAAACGAAGCAAAUUUAGUUUUCAAUUAAUUUUAGAAAAAAAUCAAAAAAUUAACUCCUUUUAGGCUCAAAAUUUCCAGAGCUCAUCAAUCUGUCUCUCUCCCUCUAAUCUAAAUAUAUUGGAUGAGAAAUCUAAUCAUAAUCUCUCAGAUAUAUAUUUAAAUCUAAUCAACUAAUUAUCACUUCAUCUUUCCCUCUAUUAUUAUAUUUAAAUUAUAAUAAUAACAGUUUAUUUAAUUA